CUGCCUCCCAGACGUCGUUGCUCCGCGGGCCUCCCCCCGAGCGCGGGGACAGGUGCCCCGGCCGGGGUCUGUUGGGAAGAUGGCGACCCCGGGCAUGAGCUGGCAGCAGCACUAUUACGGCGGCUCCGCGACCGGGGCGGCCAAAUUCGCCCCCUCUCCGGCCGCCGCGCAGCUGGCUGGACACAGCAUGGACUACAGCUUGGACAUGCACCUGAAAAUGAGCAAGAAAAUCGCUCAGCUCACCAAGGUAAUAUAUGCUUUAAACACUAAAAAUGAUGAGCAUGAAUCUGCAAUUCAAGCACUCAAAGAUGCACAUGAAGAAGAAAUCCAACAGAUUCUUGCAGAAACAAGAGAAAAGAUAUUGCAAUAUAAAAGCAAAGUAACAGAGGAAUUGGAUCUUAAGAGAAAGAUUCAAGUUUUAGAAGCAUCAUUAGAAGAUCACAUAAAAAUGAAGCAGCAGGCUUUGACAGAAUUUGAAGCCUAUAAGCACAGAGUUGAGGACAUGCAACUUUGUGCAGAAGCCCAACAUGUCCAGCGUGUAGUAACCAUGUCUAGAGAGGUCGAAGAGAUUAGACGGAAAUUUGAAGAAAGGUUACGGAGCUUCGGACAACUCCAAGUACAGUUUGAAAAAGACAAAAGAUUGGCAUUGGAAGAUUUGCGAAAUGCUCAUAGACGAGAGAUCCAAGAAUUGUUGAAGUCACAGCAGGAUCACAGUGCCUCUGUAAAUAAAGGGCAGGAGAAGGCAGAGGAACUACACAGAAUGGAGGUAGAGGCCUUAAACAAAACACUCGAGGAGCUAAGGCUUGAGCAGAAAAAACUAAUUGAGGAGUAUGAAGGCAAGUUGAGUAAAGCUCAGUCCUUUUAUGAACGUGAGCUUGAUAAUUUAAAGAGGUCACAGCUUUUUACAGCAGAAAGCUUACAGGCAAGCAAGGAAAAGGAAGCUGAUCUUAGAAGAGAAUUUCAGGGACAAGAAGCAAUUUUACGAAAAACCAUUGGAAAAUUAAAGACAGAAUUACAGAUGGUACAGGACGAAGCUGGGAGCCUUCUUGACAAAUGCCAAAAGCUUCAGAUGGCACUUGCUACAGCAGAGAACAAUGUUCAGGUUCUUCAAAAGCAGCUUGAUGAUGCCAAAGAGGGAGAAAUGGCCUUACUGAGCAAGCACAAGGAAGUAGAAAGUGAGCUAGCAGCUGCCAGAGAACGCUUACAACAGCAAGCCUCAGAUCUCGUCCUCAAAGCUAGUCAUAUUGGAAUGCUUCAAGCCACUCAAAUGACACAGGAAGUUACAAUUAAAGAUCUAGAAUUAGAAAAAUCAAGGGCUAAUGAGAAGUUAUCUCAGCUUGAAGAGGAACGAGCUUUUUUGCAAAGCAGAACUCAAAGUCUGGAUGAAGAACAGAAGCAACAGAUUCUGGAACUGGAGAAGAAGGUAAAUGAAGCAAAAAGAACUCAGCAAGAAUAUUAUGAAAUGGAGCUGAAAAACCUGCAAAAUAGAUUGGAAGGGGAGGUGACUCAAUUAAAUGAGGCCCAUUCUAAGACUUUGGAGGAACUAGCUUGGAAGCACCAUAUGGCAAUUGAAGCUGUCCAUAGUAAUGCAAUUAGAGAUAAGAAAAAACUGCAGGUGGAAUUAGAGGAACAAUACAAAAAGGAGAAACUAUGUCUGGAAGAGGAUAAAAAUCAGCUUCAAUUGGAGCUAGAAACCCAAAAGGAAGUGCUGGAAGACAAGCUGAAUACAGCCAAUCAAGAGAUUGGCCGCCUCCAAGAUCUGGUUAGGAAAAGCGAACAAGGUCUUGGCUCUGCAGAAGGACUCAUUGCUAGUCUUCAGGACUCCCAGGAAAGACUUCAGAAUGAGCUUGACUUGACUAAAGGCAGACUCAAGGAGACCAAGGAUGCUCUAUUAAAUGUUGAGGGUGAGCUAGAGCAAGAGAGGCAACAGCAUGAGGAAACACUUGCUGCCAUGAAAGAAGAAGAGAAACUCAGAGUGGACAAAAUGGCUCAUGACUUAGAAAUAAAGUGGACUGAAAAUCUUAGACAAGAAUGUUCCAAACUUCGUGAAGAGUUAAGGCUUCAACAUGAAGAGGAUAAGAAGUCGGCAAUGUCUCAACUUUUGCAAUUAAAAGAGCGGGAGAAAAAUGCAGCCAGGGAUUCAUGGCAGAAGAAAGUGGAAGAUCUCUUAAACCAGAUUUCCUUGCUGAAACAGAAUCUGGAGAUGCAGCUUUCCCAGUCUCAGACUUCUUUGCAGCAACUGCAAGCUCAGUUUACACAAGAACGACAGCGGCUUACACAGGAGCUUGAAGAAUUAGAGGAACAGCAUCAACAAAGACAUAAAUCCUUAAAAGAAGCACAUGUCCUUGCAUUUCAAACUAUGGAAGAAGAAAAGGAGAAGGAACAAAGAGCUCUUGAAAAUCAUUUACAACAAAAGCAUUCAGCAGAGCUUCAGUCAUUAAAAGAUGCACACAGAGAGUCGAUGGAAGGGUUCCGAAUAGAAAUGGAACAGGAACUUCAAACUCUUCGGUUUGAAUUAGAGGAUGAAGGAAAAGCCAUGCUUGCUUCUUUACGCUCAGAAUUAAACCACCAACAUGCAGCUGCAAUUGAUUUGUUACGGCACAGUCACCACCAGGAAAUGGCAGCUGCUAAAAUGGAACUAGAGAGAAGCAUAGACAUCAGCAGAAGACAGAGUAAGGAGCACAUGUGUAGAAUAACAGAUCUACAAGAUGAAUUAAGGCACAGAGAGCAUCACAUUUCUGACUUGGAUAAAGAAGUACAACAUCUUCAUGAGAAUAUAAGUGCCCUAACUAAAGAACUGGAAUUUAAGGGAAAAGAAAUUCUCAGAGUACGAAGUGAAUCUAACCAACAGAUGAGGUUGCAUGAACAAGAUUUAAACAAGAGACUUGAAAAAGAGCUGGAUGUCAUGACAGCAGACCACCUCAGAGAGAAAAAUAUCAUGCGGGCAGAUUUUAAUAAGACUAACGAGCUACUCAAGGAAAUAAAUGCAGCUUUACAAGUGUCACUAGAAGAAAUGGAAGAAAAAUAUCUCAUGAGAGAAUCAAAACCAGAAGAUAUACAGAUGAUUACAGAAUUAAAAGCCAUGCUUGCAGAAAGAGACCAGGUUAUAAAGAAACUAAUUGAGGACAAUAAAUUUUAUCAACUGGAAUUAGUCAAUCGAGAAACUAACUUCAACAAAGUGUUUAACUCAAGUCCUACUGUUGGUGUUAUUAAUCCAUUGACUAAGGCAAGAACUGCCUCCCUUUGACAGAUGGCUAAAGUUCAUGGACCUCUCUUUUAAAAUUAUGUUUAUGUUUAACUUCACCCCUUCUCCUAAUUUUAGCCUAAAUUCAUUAAACCUUGUGGUAUCUGCAAGAACUACAUUUUCUCCUCUUUUACCCUUUUCCUCCCAGGCUCUUUACCCCCACCGCAAUAUUUCCACCUCUUUCUUCUCUUCCCAUGACCCACUCCUAAUGUUCUUCCUUCAUUCUGUCCUGGUAGCAUGUCUGCCCUUGAGGAUUCCAUGUACAUAAAGAACACCUCCAAGGAUCCCCAGACCACACUUUGGGUAACACUGGUUAAUUUCAACAUCCUAAUUUAACAUAAAGCUUCCAAAAUUUUCCCAUGCCAAAUUUAAAUCUUCUGCUAUUCCUAUUCUUUCAUUUGCCCUUAUGCAGGGAGUAUCCUCACAUGUA